CUUUUUUCACACCAAACCUUCUAUCAAUAAUUUUAUUUUGUUGAAUCACUCUUUUUUUUUCUUCUUUUUUUUCUUUCUACAAUCUUGGUCCUCUCGUGGAGUUCAUGUCUUCUCCUCCCUCUCUAGACAUAUAGAGAGAGUAGAAAGAGAUACACGUUUUGCAUGUUUUUUAUUCUCAUUUUCUUAAUUACCAUCCCAUUAUUACCAACUAUUAGGGAAAAGGGAUAAUAACACGAAGAUACAACCAAACAUGUUGCAAAGAGCUGCUAGCAAUGCAUAUUCAUGGUGGUGGGCCAGCCACAUUAGAACUAAGCAAUCAAAAUGGAUGGAACAAAAUCUUCAAGAUAUGGAGGAAAAGGUACAAACUGUUUUAAAGCUUCUAGAAGAAGAGGGAGACUCAUUUGCCAAGAGAGCAGAAAUGUAUUACAAAAGGAGACCAGAACUGAUAAGCUUUGUAGAAGAAUCGUUCCGCGCAUACCGAUCUUUAGCCGAUAGGUAUGAUCACUUAUCAACAGAGUUACAAAAUGCCAACAACACCAUUGCCUCUGUCUGUCCAGAUAGAGUUCCUUAUAUGGACGAGGACGACGAUGAAGCAUUGCCGAGGACACCAAGAAAAAUGCCAGAAGGUGUAAAACCAAAUGCUCCAAAAGUUCCAAAAGUUCCAAAGCCUCCACUCAAAGAUUUAAAAAGUGUCAUAACAUCAGCCACAAAGAAAUUCACUAACAAGAAGGCAUCUGCAGCAGCUUCUAAAGCUCCAAAAUCGGGUUUAAGCAGAAAGCAGGCAAUAGAAGAGGUUGAUAAGCUUCAAAAACAGAUUCUAUCAUUGCAAACUGUGAAAGAGUUUCUGAAAAGCUCUUAUGAUAAUUCCAUUGCUAAAUAUUGGGAAACUGAGGCGCAGAUCAAGGAAAUGCAAGAGAGAGUUUCCAAUUUGCAAGAUGAACUUGGUGAAGGUGUUGUUAAUGUUAUCGACGACGAGGAAGCUCGUCAUUUAAUGGCAGAAGCGGCACUUAAAUCAUGCCAAGAAACAUUGUCAAAAUUGCAAGAGAAACAAGCUGUGUCACUUAAUGAGACAAAAAUUGAGUCCAAAAGGGUAAAAGAAGUGAGGGAAAAGUUAAGUUCCUUUAUGAAUGAACUUCAUUCUGAUGAAACUACUACGCGAAAUCCGAGGCCAAAAAGAAACGUAAAAGAAUUAAAAGAAACAAAGGAGUUGAGUGAAGAAGUGGAGACAUUGACUCAGCAGAAACAAGAGUUGCAGUUAUUGCAAGAGAAGAUUAAAGAACAUUUUGAGACUGGUUCAUAUUCAUCUCUAACUGUCACAGAAAUGGCCGAAAAGAUUGACGAGCUUGUUACCAAAGUUAUCAGUUUAGAAUCUGCAGUUUCUUCACAGACAGCUCUGGUGAAGAAUUUGAAAAACGAAACCGAUGAACUACAUUCGUUGGUUCGGAGUCUAGAAACGGAAAAGGAAAGUUUGGUUAACGACAAAGUUAAACUGAAUGAGGAACUGCGAAAACUGGACGAAAAGGUGCAUGGAUUACAAGAUCUUAACCAAGUUGUUGAAGAUCAGAACAACAACCUUCAAACUCAUUUCACCGAAGCGCAUUGUAGUCUCGAUAAUCUCUCAGAGAAAGUCCAAAAGGUGAAUCGAGAUGAGGAGGAUGAGGCGGUGGAAAUAUCACAAACAGAAAAGAAAUCAUCAAGAGAAGCUGAUCAACCAAAACACGACGUUAAAGUACAAGAUGCAUUGAAUCAAGAAAACAAAGUCUUAUUGAAUGAUGCAAAUUCCAAUAAGGCCACGUCUUUGGUAGAAGAUACUGUAAAUUCAGAUAUGGAAAAUGAAGUCAAGGUCAUUGAUUCACAAACAAAAGAAAAAGAAGAAGCAACCUCAGUGAAAAACAAAUCUCCUAUAGAGUUGAAAGAAAAAGAGAAUACUCAUGAUAUGAGCAAUAAUAACAAUAUAAUAAAAUCAAGUGAUGAUGGAAAUAAUAAAAAUGAUUAUAAGCAAAAUUCAUCAGAGACAAAUAGUACUUCUAAAGAAGAUUCACAAGAGCAAGCAACAACACUAGAAGAUGAAAUGUGUAUGAAUGAAGUGAAGGACAAAGAAAAUGCUUUGCUAUUAGAGUAUAGUAACACUCUUAGAAAUUAUGAAGAAGUGAAAAGCAAGCUGAAUGAAGUACAGAAGAAAAGUCAAGAUGCACUCUUUGAGUCAUCUUUACAGCUGAAAGAAUUGAAGACUUCUAAUGCUGUGAAAGACGAAGAGAUUCGACUGCUACGACAGAAACUAAGUCUUUUGCAGAAAAGCUUGGAGGAAAAUGAAGAAAUGGGAGAGUUAUUGCCGCUGCAGCCACUGGAAAGUCAUGUUAUUGAGGCAAUGUUGAAAUUAGAAGAACCAGAACCCACUUCGGCUGUUGAAGAGAAGUUCAGGAUGGGAAUCGACGAACUUCUAGAGGAGAAUUUAGAGUUCUGGAUGAAAUUCAGCACUUCUUUCACCGAGAUACAGAGAUACGAAACAACUACAAGAGAUUUACUAAUCGAGGUAUCGAAACUCGACGAAAACUGGAAAUCAUCAGAAGGAAGUAGUAGCACAAAAUAUUCAUUGAAGUCGGAUGCAAGACCGCUUUUUAAGCACCUAUCAGAAAUCCAAAAUGAACUAACAUUAUGGUUGGAAAACAGUGCAAUGCUGAAGGAAGAACUUCAACAUAGGUUCUCAUCCUUGUGUGAAAUACAAGAAGAGAUAACAGCAGCAUUGAAAGCUAGCGCGGAAGAUGAUGAUUUCAAGUUCACAAGCUAUCAAGCAGCUAAAUUUCAAGGUGAGGUUUUGAACAUGAAACAAGAGAACAAUAAAGUUGCUGAUGAGCUUCAAGCUGGUUUAGACCUUGUAACAACUCUUCAACUUGAUGCUGAGAAGGCUCUUGCAAAGUUGAAUGAAAGAUUUGGACUUUCAAAUUCUAAGAGAAACCAGCCGAGACCGGAUUCUAAGAACAACAGUGUUCCUCUAAGAUCGUUUAUCUUUGGAGUUAAACAAAAAAAACAAAAACAAUCAAUCUUCUCAUGCAUGACCCCUGCAAUGAAUAAGAAAUAUCGUGCUUUGAAAUGAUAAUUGUAAAGUAAUAGUCAUACUGCAUUUAUUUCAUCUGCUAAUUUUUUUUUGUUGGUUUUAUUAGGUAUAGUGUAUGUAUUGAGAUUUGAGAGUGCAAUUGGCACUUUGACAGGAGAAUACUUUCAUUUUAUACUUGUUUAUAAAUUGUCAGAAGUGUGAUAAAUGUAUGUAGGGGAUUUA